AUGGCCAACUUCCUCGCGUCCAUCUUCGGCACGGAGCAGGACAAGGUCAACUGCUCCUUUUACUACAAGAUCGGCGCAUGCCGGCACGGCGACCGGUGCAGCCGGAAACACGUCAAGCCGUCGUACAGCCAAACGAUCCUGAUGCCGAACCUGUACCAGAACCCGGCCUUCGACCCCAAGAACCGCAUGAACGCGUCGCAGCUGCAGAACCACUUCGACGCCUUCUACGAGGACAUCUGGUGCGAGAUGUGCAAGUACGGCGAGGUCGAGGAGCUCGUCGUGUGCGACAACAACAACGACCACCUGAUCGGCAACGUCUACGCGCGCUUCAAGUACGAGGACAGCGCGCAAAAGGCCUGCGACGACCUCAACUCGCGCUGGUACGCCGCGCGCCCCAUCUACUGCGAGCUCAGCCCCGUCACCGACUUCCGCGAGGCCUGCUGCCGCCUCAACAGUGGCGAGGGCUGCGUCCGCGGCGGCUUCUGUAACUUUAUCCACCGCAAGAACCCCGGCCCGGAGCUCGACCGCGAGCUGGAGUUGUCGACCAAGAAGUGGCUCAAGACGAGGCCGCGUUCCCGCAGCCCGACCAGGUCGCCGAGCCCGGAGCCAACGAGGAGGCGGUAUUAG